CAAAACAUGGAUUCAUUCUCUGUUGUGUUGUGUGUGUUAGGAUUAGUGAUUGUGGGUCAUGUGGCUUAUGCCCAAGACUCACAACAAGAUUACCUUGAUGCUCACAACGCAGCAAGAUCCGAGGUUGGUGUUCCAAACUUGUCUUGGGAUGACACUGUUGCAGCCUAUGCACAAAACUACGCCAAUCAGCGAAAAAGUGAUUGCCAAUCGGUCCAUUCCGAUGGCCAAUAUGGGGAGAACAUUGCAAGGGGCAACGGUAACUUUUCCGGCACGGAUGCCGUGAAAUUAUGGGUGGAGGAGAAGGAAUACUAUGACUAUGGUCCGAAUAGUUGUGUGAGUGCCCAAGUCUGUGUCCACUACAUACAAGUGAUUUGGCGUGACUCGGUAAGACUUGGGUGCGCCAAAGUAAUUUGCGAUAAUAAUACAGGCACUUUUGUUAUUUGCAGCUAUGAUCCAGGUGCUAAUAUCACUGAUCAAAAGCCUUACUAA